AUGGAUGUCGUCAACCAGUUGGUGGCCCAAGGACAGUUCACAAUAAUCAAGCAACCUUUGGGUUUUAUUAAAGUCCUCCAAUGGAUCUUCGCCAUCUUCGCCUUCUCCACAUGCGGCAGUUACUCCGGCAUGUUCAAGAUGAGCGUGGAGUGUAAAAAUCGCUCGGACAGCGACCUUGGCAUUGAAGUACAAUUUGAAUAUCCAUUCAGGCUCCAUCAGGUUUACUUUGACGCACCCACCUGUAAAGGCGGGAACCCUGAGCGACUCUUCCUGGUGGGCGACUACUCUUCGUCGGCCGAGUUUUUCGUCACCAUCGGCGUCUUCUCCUUCCUCUACUCCAUGGCGGCCCUCUCCGUCUACUGUUUCGUGCUGGAGAAGUACCGCGAGAACAACAAGGGCCCGCAGAUCGACUUUGUGGUGACGGCAGUCUUCGCCUUCAUGUGGCUGGUGUCAUCCUGUGCCUGGGCCAAGGGUCUAUCGGACGUGAAGACGGCGACUGAUCCCGAGAAGGUCAUCGGUUUUAUCACCGCCUGCGACGAGCGGGAGAACCGCUGCCGGGAGGUCUAUGACCCUAAGGUCUCCGGCCUCAACACCUCGGUGGCUUUCGGCUUCAUCAACCUGAUCCUGUGGAUCGGCAACCUGUGGUUCGUCUUCAAGGAGACGGGCUGGAUGGCCGCCUUUGCCGGAACGUACAUGCCGUCUCAGGAGAAGCAGCCGGCCCCCGACGCUUUCGCCCAGGGCGGCUACGCUCAGCAGGACCCCUACGCCGGCUCCCAGGGAGGCUACCAGCCCGAGUACGGCCAGCAGGGGGGGUACAACGAGGACGCCGGCUACGGACAGGGAUACGAGCAGCAGCCCACCUCCUACUCCAAUCAGAUGUGA